AUGGGCUCUUAUAUUUCUCAACAUUCGCCUCCUGCUCAGACAGAAGAUAUAUACUCCGUCGAGGGCUGUGUCAGCCCUCUCUUGAGGUUGAACGACGAUAUAUUAUAUCGCAUCCUGAUGGUCGUCGCGAAGAAAGAGCCCGUCUGGGACAUACAUGGACGCACGUGGCUUGCGAGGAGGAACCCAAAACAUCCCUCUUACAACGAGUGCCUUGGAUGGAUGCGCCUCUCGUCCGUGUGCCGUCGUUGGCGUACCGUCGUGAAUGGUGCGGCCAGGUUAUGGGCGGGCCAUGUGUUCUUCCUUCCUCCCUCCGUCGCCGGGACCGCCCUUGCACGAUCCGGCACCGGUCAUCUCAACAUGCUUCUGCCCGCCCACGAGGACAAUUAUCCACCACUACUAUGUGCCGUCGCUACCGCGAAGAAAUGGGGAUUGCCUCCUGCACAUCGCGAACGGCUACUGAACCUGGCGAUCUCUCAAUCGCACAGGAUGAAUGGCUUCUAUGCCGAAGACCUGGCUGCUCCGGAAUAUAGAUCUAUCUUUCAAACGGGUCUCUUCGACUCUCUUAUCAGCAUUCAUCUUGAUCAUAUCCAUGACUCAAGUGGGCUACAAGCUGGAGUACCAUCCCGCAGAGAUCUGGGCGACUUGCGCCUGACGGCCCCACGUCUGCACACUGCAUAUUUAUCACCCACGCUCCCCAUAGCCUACGAUGAAGGGCCAGGACUCCACCUCGAUUUUCCUGCUCUGCGAGAGCUACACGUGUCCGAAAGACACGACACGCCCCUUGAUUCGUGUCUUAUCACGGACGUGGAUCAACUGCGUUGGAUCCCGCAUCUCAUACGUCGCUGCGCAUUGAACCUAAGAGUGCUGGAUGUCACUUUGGUCACUUAUUUGGAGGUCGACUGGCCGGCUCUCUUCGGAAGAGCUGACAUUCAUCUUCCUAAACUUCAUACCAUCCGCUUCAUGGGCAUCAUCAAUGCUCGCCUGCAUGUGUUAUUCAAGCACAUCGUCGAAGAGAUCCCUCGGACAACCGCAGUUAAUGUUGUGAUUGACGAAGAUACGCAGAUGCUGCAAGAGGCCUUCGAGAAUUAUGGUCUAAUGAUGGAACAGUCGUUGCGAUCGCAUUCGUUCGACUGCAUCUACAUCCACCCCAUCGCCUCUUACAACUCAGAAAGGACACAGCUUCAGUUGGGUUUCCAAAUCGUCCUGUUUAGCAGCACAGGACUGUCAAAUUCGGGGUUGACCCUCCCGAAUUUCGUGGGGAAUCUGAAACUUGUCAACUGUACAGGCCGCACGGUUUUCUCGCUAAUGCUACUAGUCAAGUCCACGGGGUCUCCUGACCCGGCGGUUGCCAUGAUAUCGAGUGCUCUCAAUCUACUUUCACCUGUGCUCGCAGAAGCCAGCUUCAAUACCCUUGUUCUCGAUACAUACUCCAGCACUCCCAUAGCAAACGCUGUACGCCAAGUCCUUCGCGCAAGCCUCCCAAAAGUGACCACUCUUCAUUGCAUCGAUGCCACAAGACCUAUCAAAGCAAGCAACGCGAGCAGCGGCGUUUGUACAAAGGCUCUUCGUGUGGUCUAUGACGUUGGCAUGCAUAAUGGUUCUUCGUUGACACCGGAUAGGCACAUCUUACCAUAUCUUCAGUGCGUCGCUGUCUCCAUGAGAGUCGAACGCAUCAAGGCGACGCACGAUGUACUGUUCAGCAUGGAUGACGUCCGCAUAUGGUGGGAGGAGCUCGUGCAAGCCCUGACAAGCCGCCAUACCGAUGCUGUUGUACGCCUACGCAAGCUACGGAUUGUAGGGGGUUGGGAGUCGAAGAAAUUACGGGAGCGGUCAUCGAAGAUGGAUGCGAAGAUGCUGGCGCUAGUUGCCACGCUGGUCGAAGAGGUCGAAGACAAGCGUGCGGUGUAUUAUUGA